UUCCAAGCAACAGCCCCGCCUCCCCCCACCAUAUCUUCCAUAUAUACACUUCCUUGGUACUCCUCACUCUCUCAUCUCAAGCCACGACAAACAAGAUCAAGCGAGACUAAAAUUGUUCACGCGCUUGCUCUAAUAUUAGAUUUGGAUUAGAUCUACGAGUGUGCCGCCAUGUUUGGGGAAAAAUUAACAGAUGAGAUUUCAAAGCCGGUCGUGAUCCGGGAAGUCUGGUCGCAUAAUUUGGAAUCGGAAUUUGAGUUGAUUAGUCAGGUCAUCGACACUUAUCAUUACAUUUCCAUGGACACUGAAUUCCCUGGCGUUGUUUUUCGUUCUCCUGAGCCCUACUUCCGCCAUCGCCGGCCGUCCGAUCACUACAAGCUCCUCAAGUCAAACGUUGACGCGUUGAAUCUGAUCCAGGUGGGUCUAACCCUCACCGAUUCGGACGGGAACCUUCCGGAUCUAGGAUCGGGUAACCGUUACAUCUGGGAAUUCAAUUUUAGGGACUUCGAUGUGGAGCGUGACUCAUACGCUCCGGACUCCAUCGAUCUGUUGAGGCGUCAGGGGAUCGACUUUGAAAAGAACAGAGAUGAGGGAGUUGACUCGUCUCAGUUCGCUGAGCUGAUGAUGUCGUCGGGACUCGUGUGUAAUGACUCGGUGAGUUGGGUCACGUUUCACAGCGCGUACGAUUUCGGUUACCUGGUCAAGAUCUUGACGAGCCGGAACUUGCCCGGUGGUCUAGAGGAGUUUUUGAGCUUGUUGAGGGUGUUUUUCGGAAACAAUGUGUAUGAUGUCAAGCACAUGAUGAGAUUCUGCAACAGUUUGUUUGGUGGGUUGGAUCGGGUUGCACGGACACUUGAGGUGGACCGGGCUGUAGGGAAGUGCCACCAGGCCGGGUCAGAUAGCUUGUUGACGUGGCACGCAUUUCAGAAGAUGAGGGAUUUGUACUUCUUGAAAGAUGGGCCGGAAAAACACGCCGGCGUAUUGUAUGGAUUAGAAGUGUGUUAACUUUUAAGACCUCAGAUUAAUUAAUUCAAUUAAUUUGUUUAAAGUGAAUAAUUUUGUAUAUUACCAA